CAUUUUGCUUCUGUAAGCAUCAAGUGCUUUACCUCUGAGGGAUUGCAACACGUAUUUGGGCUGGGAAUCGAGCAAGCAAAGAUUUGAGCAUCACAUCGUAUGUUUCACAUGCAAUAAGAAUCUGACAAUCGGCACGUCACCUUGCAGGCAUAUUUGAUACACCACUCCGCAUUGCCUGUAAUCACUGUCAAGAAAGCACUAUCAGACUGCAGCUGAUCUGCCGGGCUCCCUUCCUUUUCCUGGUCCCGAUCUACAUCUUGGUGGGGAUUACUGAGAUACUCAUCUUCACCUACUCCCUAAGCAACACAUCUGAAGAACAGACUACCGAAUGCAGCCAUGUCGGCAACAUCAUCGUUAGCUGUGUUCCCCAAAUUUACUCUCCUACCACCUGAACUCCGUCACCAGAUCUACCUGGAAGCCAUCCCCAGCCCUGGCAUCAAUUUCUUCAACGUCCACACCUGGCUCAAGGAUCACGAAGGCUGCAACAAGGAAACCACCCCUCCGCAUCUGUAUCUUGACCUGCGUCGCAUGGCUAUCGAGGAUGACGACGAGGCCGUAUCCCGAUACGACCCUUCAACAUGGCAAGUGCGUUAUGCGCUCAGACAGACCUGCCGCGAGGCACGGAGGAUGUGCGCCAUCCCCUCCGACAAAGUCAAGACACUUAAGAUGACCAGGCCCAAAAGGGGCUUGUACCUGAAGGCUGGCGACGACCGGCUAAGAUCAGAGACGCCAUUAGUCGAAGAAGACGCUCUGCCAGAUCGCGAACCGCGCGUGUCACGCGAGAUCCAAUUUCACGCGGAUGAGAUUGUGUCUUUGUCUAUUCAAAACUGCAGUUUAAACUUACCCUUCGAGCACUCGCCGGUCAUCCGCAGAGAACGAAAAGCAGACUUCCCGGCACUGACCGAGAGUGAUAUGGGCGAGGCGUACGUACCGCUCUUCAAUGACCCGAGCAGCUGCCUCGGCAUCGCCGAAGACAAGUUCUGUCUGAGCUUGACGCGCGACGAUCAUGGACCCGCUCUGAGCUGGGCUAUAUCAGAGAUUCUUCCAUCUUUCCUCGAGUCUGUCUGCGGAGUAGCUGGCGUCGGACCCGGCCGUAUUUCCGAAGAAGAAGAGUGGCUGCUCACGGAUAAAGCGUGGGUCAUGCUUGAUGCCGAGACAGCCGUCACUAGUCGUGCGGAUGCAGCGGCUUGGACGGCCGCUAACCCGGGGAUAAAAUGGGAUGAGGACGAAGAGUUUGAGCCGGCGGAUACUGGUUACUUCUGGCAGGAACGGGUGGGCGAGGUCAAGUGCUGGGACCGUUGGGGAGACUGCUACGCUGCAGCGCAGUCUUACUCGCAAGGAUUCUUUGUCGACCAACAGCUUCUCAAGGUGCGGCCUGAAAAAACUGAUAUCAGAAAGAGAUACACUAGGUCUGGAUUACUUCCAUCGGACUUCCUGGCGGGUCAGAGGUCUGUUCCCUAUGCAUGGCGGCAUGCUGAGGUUGGUUUUUCCUCGCUGUAAGAUACGAAAAGUCGGAUUGAAGCAAUAUAGUUAGUUCUAGCUAGAGGACGGAAACUAGUGGGAAAUGUAUAAACUGUGCACAAAGCUGUUACGGGUCGCUUUUCAGAGGGAUAUACUGUAGCUAGUGAGUCAAUACGCAAGUUCCAAAAACCAGAAGUCCCAG